CCUGCCGGUUGAGAGCUCAGUCGGUGUCCGCCAGGUUGAAAAUCCGUAACUUCUCUUCGUUUUAUACGUAACUUUUCACAGUUUUGUUAAAACGGCGCGAAAAAUGUUGAAAACGAAAAUAUAAAAUAUAGCGAAAUAUAUAUCGCUGACAAUUAUUUUUUAUUAGUGUUCAUUAAAGAAUUCAUCGAUCAAAUUAGUGAUAGAUAUCACGUUUCCUUAAAUUUCCAGAAAAACUAUCGAAUAAGUUUUUCUGUGCGAACUUGAUAGUGCAUGAGAGUGCGCGCACUAAUACAAGCGCGAUCCCACGCGUAUCGCAAAGAACGUGUGUGUGUUUACAUAUGGUGAUCUGUGUUGACUGUGUAACUAUCAUCAACCGAAUAUUAUUAUUAAUUAGUGAUUUUAGAUUGCCACAAAUUUUGGAGCAACUAAUUGAUGUUAUCGGCUACUUUGUAGACAUGCUUAGGUUAAACAGCAGUAGACAAUAACAUUAGAUGACACACCGGCACGCUUAAUACACGGAUGAACAUAUACUAGCGCAGUCAUGGCAAAGACAACGACUUUUGCGUGGAUUUGCCGCUUGCUGUGCGUGUCCUUGUGCUUUCACGACGUAUCUUCGAAAGCUGGCUUGUGCGAGGUAGAGUCGGGUCAGUCCAAUAUCAUCCUUGACAUCGAGGAGAGCAGGGGAGAUGCGAUCGAUCAGAGGACGGUGCCCGAGGAGCUUCCGGUAUCUGGCGAUCCGUACAACGAGACCACGCUGGAAUUGAUCUUUCCCGGAAGGCAGCCGCGUUUCAAAUUGAACGGGAAGAAGCUGCAGCUGCUCGAGCCUUUGGACAGGGACGAUGAGAAUCUCUCGCACGUUGUUUUUCAGUUGAGCUGCACGGUGAAACAGACGAACAAGAAACGGACUAUACCGGUGAUCGUUCGAGUGUCGGACAUAAACGACAACGCGCCCAAAUUCAUCAAUACACCGUACGAGACCACUGUGCCCGAGUUGACGCCAGUCGGCUCGACCAUUUUCAAAAACGUGGUGGCCGUGGACGCUGAUGCCGGUGUGAAUGGUAUCGUCGAAUACUCGAUCGCCCCCGGGGACGGAACUGGAAUCGGCAACAAUGACGGAGUCGGCCGAAAUAGAAUCACGACCGCCGAUGGAUACGGUUAUUUCAGCAUCAACUUGCCUCAUCAAGGCCAAGUUACUGUUAACCGUACUCUCGACUUCGAGAGGACGCAGCGAUAUCUCGUCACUAUUUUGGCCUCGGAUCGUGCGAGGAAUGUGUCUGAAAGGUUCACGUCCACCACUACACUGACGGUGAAUAUCAGGGACGACGAUGAUCAAGAUCCUUCGUUCAUCUACCAAGGCUGCAUGCUGCUGGACGGCGCGUGCAUUAAUCCGGAAUAUUCAGCGUCGGUAUCGAGCGGAGUGUUAUCCGGGAUACUUAAUAUAUCGCCGGAGAAAAUACAAGCCGUUGAUAUGGACAGCAUAAACGCACCCAUCCAUUACUCGUUCCUCAGUGGCAAUCCACCGAAUUAUCGGGAAUUUUUCGAAAUAAACCCGAACACAGGCGCCGUGAAGCAAAUCAAGGCGGUCGAUACCACGGUUACGAAGAGGUUCGAUAUUAUCAUCAAGGCUGUCGAAGUGUCAGAAGCGAAACGAUCGGCCACAGCGAAAUUGACGAUUACAGUGAAGCCCGUGGACAGCAACCCUCCUAUUAUAACGGCUUCGAGCAUAGAGGGGUUCGUGGACGAGAAUGCUCCGAUUGGGACGAAGGUUAUCGACAAGAAUGGCGAUCCUAUAGUGCUCACCGUUUCGGACGCCGAUCUGGGGCCCGACGAUCCGAAGCCAGCUUACUCCUUCGAGUUGACCACGAAUUUUUUCGCGAUCGAUCCAUCAGGGAUGCUGGUCGUGAACGAGGAGAAUUUGGACCGCGAUCCGCCGAGCCCCGGCCGCUUCCGGUUUCAAGUGGUCGCCAGAGAAAAAACGGGUGUCGCCGCUUCUGCGCCAUUGUCCUUCGUUGUGAUAUUGAACGACGUUAACGACAAUGCACCCAUGCUACCCAUGAUACCACCUAUCACCGUCCAAGCUGGGGAAACGAAGAAAGUCGUGACGAAGGUCGAGGCUACGGACAACGACGAGGGGGAGAACGCGGAGAUAACGUACAGCAUUUACCACGUGUCGAACAACGGGCUGCAUAAAUUCAAAAUCGAGCCGAGGACGGGCGUGAUAGAAUCCGUGAGGAAGCUGAACGCCGGCGAGCAGUUCAGCAUCACGGUCCAGGCGACCGACAAGGGUGGAAAAUAUUCGCAGACGAUCGUCGAGGUGAACGUGAUCCCCGGGCCCAACACGAGGAGCCCCGUUUUCCAGCAAUCGGUGUACGAGGUGCAAGUGAGCGAGGGAGCCUCGAUCAAUUCCACGGUCGCGACCAUCACUGCAGUCGAUCCAGAAAACGAUCCAGUUUCGUACUCGAUCGUCUCGGGCAACGACCUGCGCCAAUUUGCAAUCGGCGACAAAUCGGGCGUGAUCACCGUCAUAAGGAAGUUGGACAGGGAGGACCUGACCCGUUAUCAACUGCUGAUAAAAGCGGAGGACUCGGGCGGCCUGUUCAGCACGGCGACGGUGAACAUCAAAGUGACGGACAUCAACGACAAGAAUCCGGAAUUCGUCGGCCUCCCGUACGAAUUCUCGGUGAAGGAGGGCGAGGCCAGGAAAUUGAUCGGCCGCGUGCACGCGGAGGACGCGGACGAAGGGAUAAACGCGGAAAUAACGUAUUUCGCCCCCGACGACAUCCCAUUCACGGUCGAUCCUGAAACCGGGGACGUGCUGACGAAGAUCGUCCUCGAUUACGAGCAGAAUGACGAAUACAAAUUUGUGGUGACCGCGAGGGACGGUGCUCCUGAUUAUCGUUUAGCAACCGCAACAGUGACGGUGAAAGUUAUAGACGUGGAGGACGAGGUUCCCGUUUUCCAUCAGAGCAGCUACGAGGCACGAGUCAAGGAGAAUAUACCGGAUUACACGGUGCUUCAAGUAACGGCCGAUGAUCCGGACACAAAGAAGCAGAUCACGUACAUGAUCAAGCAAGGGGAUACCGAACUGUUCGCCAUAGACCAGAGGACAGGAGUGAUAAAAACGACCCGUGGUUUGGACUACGAGAGAGAGAGCCAACACAUCCUUAUAAUCGGCACCGUGGAGAACACGAGCGAUUUGCCUGGCUCCACUACGAGGGUCGUGGUCAACGUCCAGGAUGUUAACGACAUCCCGCCAGUGUUCACGUCAGUUCCUCGCCCGAUUACACUAGACGACGACAUUCCCAUUGGCACAACGGUCAUUAAUCUUAUAGCGACGGAUUCGGAUGGUACUGCACCCGGAAAUCAGGUAAGAUACGAAAUCGUGGGACGUGGAAUAGCCAACAAAUAUUUUAUGAUCGAUCCGGACACCGGUGUGCUCAGAGUGAGGGACGAUUUGCGGAAAGAAACGGACACCGAGUAUCAGGUCGACGUGCGAGCGUACGACAUGGGUGAGCCUCAAUUAUCCUCGGUGACUACGGUGCCCGUUUACGUUCGCCAUGUUGCCACCGUGCCUCCGGAAAUCGGUUUAGGAUUCGCGGAAAACUCGUACAACGUGGAGGUGCCGGAGGACGCGGGCGACAACACUCUUAUCAAGAUAAUCACCAUCAUAAACAGCCACGCUCACGACACGACCCCGUUGAAAUGCGAGAUUUACAGCGGGAACGUGGACGAUUUGUUCGAGGCUGGCGUCACGGAGGAGAGGAAUUGCGCCCUAAAAUUGAAGAAAGGCGCUUUGGAUUACGAAACGACGGAAUCUUAUCAAGUGAAAAUUAAACUCGAAUCUCUGUCGGGCCUGUUGAAUUCCGGCAGGAAUACGACCAUGGUGAAGAUUCAAGUGCUGGACGUGAACGACAACAAGCCAGAAUUCGUCUUUCCCGAAAACGAUCCAAAAUUGUCGAGGGGGCGUUACUUCGCCGCGAUUCCGCGGUCGGCGCAGUUCGGUUCAACGGUGAUCCAGGUGAAAGCCCACGACAAGGACAACGGAAAGUACGGGAAGCUCGAGUACAGGAUACUGGGCGGGCGAGGAUCGGAUUACUUCGCGAUGGACACGUCUUCCGGUAUAAUCAGAACGACCGCGACCUUCGACAACGUCGACCCGGCCGAGCUUCCCUUCAAAUUCGACGUUCGAGUUCGGGAUAAUCCCAACUCGACCGACAACUUCAACUCCAUCGUCGCCCCUGUGAUAGUGAAUCUUAUAGGCGAGGAGAAUCUGAUGAUACUCGUCGUCCAGGACGCGUCGCCCGACUCGUUGCAGAAGGAGGCGUCCAAGAUUGCCGGCAUCAUCGAGGAGAAGAGCGAGCUUCUCGUCGGGAUAGACAGGAUAGCAGUGAGGAAGAAUUUGACGAAGAAUGGAACUAUCGAGAUGUAUCCUCAGGAUUCAGACGUGUGGUUUUACGCCAUCGAUCCGGACACCGAGGCUAUUUUGGACAGGAACAGCUCGAGGAUACAAAGAUCGAUAUUCGAGAAGACGGCCAUGUCGAACAUCACUUUCGACGUGUCCACGUUGGUUCGAGCCAACGCGAUAGACAUCCACGCGCCAGUGAUGCCACCGGAGCCAAUACGCACUCAGACCGCCAUUGCUUUCAGCGGCGAGGUGUUCCCAUACGCGCUGAUCAUCAUCGCUUGCGUCAUACUGAUUCUAGGAAUUGCUGGUAUAAUCUACAUUUGCGUAUCCUGGUCCAGAUACAAGGCGUACAAGGAACGGAUGCAGCGAAUGUACGUGGUACCCCGUUACGAUCCUGUGUAUGUGGAGCCGAAUUUGAAAGAAUAUGAGACGCAGGUGCUUCAAAUGAGCGUGCCUGUUGACGACAACGACAGUUACAACGACCUUCAGCUCGAUUUCAGCAAUAAGAAUCACGCGUUCAGCCUGGACAACGUUAGCUACAUUACCAAAGAUCACGGAGAGAGUACCGGUCAACAGAGCCCUGUAAGCUCGGAGGCGGCGACAACGGCGCGCGCCUCGAGUAUAGCGGGGACCCACGCGGAUGCGAACAUCCACUCGUUGCGGCGAUCCACCCUCGGAAGAAAGAACAACGGCGGCAACGGGAACACCACGUUGAACAACCACGACGCGACGCCUGUCCUCAACCCGCUCUACAACCACGGCAACGACUCGCUGCUCAGCCCGAGCCCGUCCAACGACAACGUGACGUUCAGGGAGAAAAGGGACUAUUCCCAUCUGGGAUUCACGUAUCUGGGCGAGCAGAGCCCCGUCGAAACCACCACCGAGUUGUAAACCAGCUCGCUUAUUUCCAACGCGCUAUCUACUUCUCUCUCUCUCUCUCUCUCUCUCUU